CAAUCAGGGCGCAGGGGAGGGCGACGGGCGCGCUGUAAACAAACAGGGCCGCCAUUACGCUGUUGUUCACUCCAGACUCAACACCACAAACUUCGCCCUGCUCCGGGUUUUUCCCCAAACACGGCCGCUUUUUCAGGUGAGGAUGACGGUCAGUAACCACAUGCCUCUUGAGGAGCCGCUCAUUCUGGAGCUGGAGGAGAACCCCUUCGCCGAGUACAUGUGGAUGGAGAACGAAGAGGAGUUUGACAGACAGGUGGAGGAGGAGUUGUGGGAGCAGGACUUUAUCGAGUCCUGUUUUAACCAGAUGCUGGAGGAGGAGCAGUGGGAGUGGUUCAUCCCGUCCAGAGACCUGCCCCAGGACAGCGCCCCCUACAGCCUGACAGACAGCUGCACCCAGACAGAGGGCUACCACAGCGCCCCCUGUGCUUCAGACAUUGUUCUCCAGUCCAGCCUGAACCCCAACGCGAAAGAGUUCACCCCGGGGAUCCAGAGCCACGUCAUGUGACCCACGCCGCCUCACUCCAGACUGACCGGAGACCGAGGGUAGGACUCUAGAGCGGACGUCGCCAUGGUUACCCACGGGCGGCCAUCUUGUGACUUCUGACAGGGAACUGCACUUUCUUAGACUUACGAUUGAGUUACAUUUUUUUUUGUAUUUCUAUAUGUUUUAUUAUUAUUAACGUCCGACCUUCCCGUUCUAAUGUGGAAAAAAAAAAAUAUCAUGAAGGAAUUGUCAGUUAUGUAAAGAACCGCCCGGUGAACAAACGGGUCAAAACACUCCCUAAUUUUCACCUGUCAGUUAGGGCUGGGCAAAUAUUGACGAGUCAAGUUAAUCUCCAUCUAUUGUAUAAUUUUAUUCAUCCGUACACAACAAAAUUGUAGGAGAUUGUCACAAAAAAUAAAGUAAAAUCGGACUGUAAAUCGGCUCUUUGCGCAGCGGCGAAUGGCUAGCUCACUGUUAGCUCACUGUUAGCUCACUGUUAGCAUCUAUGAUUUCUUUCGGGUUUUUUUUUUUUUGUUUUUGUUUUUUUUGAUGAGUCAUGAUACAAACAUUAAAACUGCUGAACAUUAGACUAAACAGCGAGUUAUUCUUAACAAAUGAGGAGAAAAAAUUGGCAAAAGCUUUUGACUCACUUUUCUUAGGUCCCUGUUAGCUCGUUGUUAGCUCACUGUUAACAUUAAGUUGUUUUUUUUGUUGUUGUUGUUUUUUUGUUUUUUUUAUGAGUCAUGACACAAACAUUAAAAUUGCUGAACAUUAGACUUAACAGGGAGUUAGAUUUUACAAAUGAGGAGAAAAAAAUUGGCAGUAGCUUUUGUCUCACUUUUGUUAGCUCACUGUUAGCUCGUUGUUAGCUCACUGUUAGUGUCUAUAUUUUUUUUUUUUUUUUUCAUGAUGAUUAAAAUUUUACAUCACAUAAAAAUAUAAAAAAUACUGGACAUCACAGACAGUGUGUUAGACUUAAUUUUUUUUUUUUUUUUAAGUAAAAAAAAUUUGCAUUAGCUGUUGUCUCAAUGCUAAUGCUAAUUUUUAAGGCCUAAUCAAUAUUAAAUAAAAUCGCUUGAGUAAAAUAGCACCACAAACUGAAUUAAUCUACAUAUAGAAACUAUUGUGUAGUCUUAAGUUUAAAUUUUAUUAGGUUAUGUUAAAAAAUUUUAUGUUUUAAUAAGAGUUAGCAUUAGCUUUGAGACACAGUGAGCUAGCCAGUGCCCUUUAUAAAUUAAUUUAAUUUAAUCCUAAGAUUCUUUUAUUUACUUCCGUUUUGUUUUGUUAUUUGUUUCUGAAUCAAAACCAGUAUUAUCCAACAUCCUAACAUUUCUACAGAACAUUUUAAUAUAAAUGUUUUGACGCGUUUCCUCGUCGGUUUUAGUCGUUGCGCAGUCUCCGCGGUCGCCAUGGCAACGGUUGCUAAGUGCGCUCUAGCGUCGCGCUCGGUCUCUGUGGUUUUGCCAAAGUCCUGCUUGAGUUCUGUUUGUGUUUCGAGACUCUAGCCCGCCGUUCUGCUGCUGUUCUACUGCUGUUUAUCGUAUUAUUAUUAUUAUUAUUAAAAUGUUACUAGAAUUCAGAACAGGUUUAAGACGAGACGUUUUAUUCAAGAGAAUUUUCACUGGUUUGAAAAUAAAUGUCUUUGUUUGAAACGUGUUGAUUUUAGUCCUGGUUUAGGUCUAGUAAAAGGUGCACUGUGUAACUUUUAGCGGCUGGGGCUCCGUUGACGACCUGUUUCUGUGGAUACGUCUGGAAUGUUCCGCAGUAUGACUUUAAACACCUCAACUUUACUUUUUUAAUUGAAUUACAGUUGGGUUUAUAGCUUAAAAAAUACCUCAAAAAAUGGGCAUUCUGGCUAUUUUUUUAAGUAUUUUUGGUGGUUUUCUAGGUUUUUUUUAUCGUCUCUCCGCAGAUCUGACUUGUGAAUUGGUCUAAAGCCGUACCACGAAACAUUCCAGACAAAGUAAUAACAUAAUUCACUCAGAAAAGUUACACAGUGCGCCUUUAAGACCCUAGUUCAGUCCUGAUUAGAACUGGUUUUGUUCUAUUUUAUGCCUUAAGUUUUUAGACUGAAAUCGUCUCUUGUUAAACGUGUUCUGACGUGGCCUGUUCGUCCAGAAGGUGGCGCUAGAGUCCUGUUCUGUUUGCACUGUUUCCUGAAGUCUGUUAGAAUUUUACACAAAGCACUGUAAAAAAAUUAACUAAAAAGUUAUAAAAGUGAAAAAAAUCUAUGUAAAAAUAUAUUUUUUCUUAAAAUAUUUGAAAUAAAUGUUUAUGAACAAAA